AUUACGCAGAGCUGAACAGCCCGGCCUCGGCCCCCAGCUCGGAGAAGCAGAGCCCCAUGGCCCAGCAGCACAGCCCCAUGGCCCAGCAGAGUCCCCUGGCCCAGCAGAGCCCUGUUGCCCAGCACAGCCCCGUCGCCCAGCCGCCGCCUCCGCAGCCCCUCCAGCUGCAGGGACACGAAAACAGUUAUAGAUCAGAAGUAAAAGCCAGACAGGACGUGAAACCUGAUAUCCGGCAACCUCCAUUUACAGACUACAGGCAGUCCUCAACGGACUACCGACAGCCUCCGCUGGACUACAGGCAUCCUCCGGUGAUGGAUUACCAGCAGCCACCACCUCUUGACUACAGGCAACCACCCUUGAUAGAUUACAGGCAGCAUUCACCCGACACCAGGCAGUACCCUCUGUCAGAGUACAGGCAGCCUCAGGACUUUGAUUAUUUCACCGUUGAUUUGGAGAAAGGAGCCAAAGGUUUUGGGUUUAGCAUUCGAGGAGGAAGGGAGUACAAAAUGGAUUUGUAUGUGUUGAGGUUAGCAGAAGAUGGACCAGCAAUAAGAAAUGGAAGGAUGAGGGUAGGAGAUCAAAUAAUUGAAAUCAAUGGAGAAAGCACAAGGGACAUGACACAUGCCAGAGCAAUAGAGCUAAUCAAGUCUGGUGGCAGGAGAGUGCGACUGUUGUUGAAACGUGGAACAGGCCAGGUCCCAGAAUAUGACGAACCAAACUCCUGGAGUGCUCCCUCUGCCACCUCCCCAGGUCUGCCGGAAGUAAAAACAUAAUCUCACCAUUAUCUUCAUCACACAUAGCCCCACCCUCUGACCCUUCUCACCAGAAAAGCCCAGAGCCAACAUGGGAUAUCAAGAGGGAACACGAUGUAAGGAAACCAAAGGAGCUUUCGGUGAACGGUCACAAAAAGAAAAGGUUAGGAGAACAAAGAGAAAGGUCAGCAAGUCCUAAAAAGGUAGACAGGUCAAAGCAUGAAGAGGCUUCUUGGAAAGGAUAUUCAGAAGGCAAAAAUAAGACCACUGAUGGUGGCAGGCCCACCUCAGAAAGCAAAGUGGUGGGACACAGCGUUAUGAUCGAGGCUGGCGCGAGAGAGCACGUGUGUGCUGGAACCAGUGAUGAACAGUUUGGGAGGCUGAGGAAGCCGGAAAGCAAGAGAGGGGGAUCUCUUAGCAAAAAAGAAGAUCACAAAUCUGCAAACAGCAGUGAGAAGAAGUCAGCUGCAGCAUCCGACCAUGUCAAGCUUGAUACUGGUGCUACCAAGACGUACAGUAGCAACCGCUGCAGCUCACCUGGAAGUGAUAUGGACCACAACCAGAGGGACCCUGACGGGAAACCCAGCGAGUUCCCCAGGAAGGGACAUCUCCACUCCAUUAGCACUCGCAGCACCAACAGCACAGUUCGAAAGGCAACGGUCUCCCCCGGGCCGUGGAAAAUCCCUGGCUCAGAUAAGCUACCUAGCGUCCUGAAGUCUGGUACUUCUGCCAUGAGCAGAUAAGCAAGGGACUGUUGCCCUCUAACUGUCUCAAACUGACGCAGAACAUUCUUCUUAGUUUUUUGUCUCACAUUGGUUUGUUUUAAUUUAUUUUAACUAUCACACAUAUACACAAAGCAUUGAGGAAUGAAAACAUUAGUGUGUAAUUCCAUGACAAUGUGCACAGUACCUAAUAAGUUCAAAAGCAUAUAGUCAACACAGAGAUUUAAAAUCGACCCUAAAGUCCCAGUUCCAUUUUAGGGACUUUGGCAGCUAUGGAAGAAACCAAAACAAUAUGAAGGACAGUACAUCAGAGAAGGAUAGUGCAGUGUAGCUUUAGCAUUUUUUUCCCACUGCAUGAAGGACUUGGAUUUCAUUCAAACUUUAUAUCAAGAAACUGGAACAAGUUAGAGCAAUCACAAACUGGAACAUCGCCUUAAAUAAAACUGCACGGAGCAAGCUGAAACAGAGAGAAGAUCUUUUCAUGGAGCUAAAAUGUUGUAAAUAAAUUGUUCUCGACGUAUCUAGACAGGGGUUAAAGGGUUUCUUUGAAGCAUCAUUCGGAACUGUAUACCCAUGACACAUCUCCACUGUUAACACUUUGGGAUAGUCCACGUGGUACCCUGUAGCAUAGUUCACUGGGCGCUAAGGGAGAAGCAGGGGAAUCCAGUGGAUAAGUUUCUGUGAUACCAUUUCUACUGCCAUUUUUGUGAACAAACCAUGUUUCUGUACAUUGGAAAGGAGUUAGGGUGGAGUUGUAUUUGCAAAUUAUUCUCAAAAGCGAUUUAUUCCAGGUUCCCCAAAUCCAGCGAGGUUGCACACAAACCAAUUGGUCAGGCUCAAAACCCAGAUGUCUGCAAGGCCCUUGCAAUGAAAGGAAGAGUGAUACAGAGAAAAAGCUGCAGUUUCCUUAAGGAAAGGCCUUUCCUUCCUGCAGAAGAGGAUAGUUUCACUUAUCAACAGUGCUAUGUUUCACACCCAUCUGCAUUUAGUCAGGACACUCUCACCUUUCAUCCCCUCAGUUUGGCA